AUGAUGCCAUUAUCUCAGCCACGAGUCUCCAUCUUUCCACCUCACUCAUUUCUUUACUUCCCUCUUUCCAUCACGCUUUCAUUAUCACUUACCCUUUUUCUAUCUCCCUCCUUUCAUCUUUCUCGUAUUCUCUCCCUCACGCUUUCUAUCACUCUCUCUCUCUCUCUCUCUCUCUCUCUCUCUCUCCUCCCCUCUUUCCAUCUCUUUCCUGGCUCUAUUUCUUUAGUUUCCUCUUUCCAGCUCUCUUCUUCUCUCUUUCUAUCACUCUCUCAUUAUCACGUUCUCUUUUACAGUUUUUCUGCUUCCAUCAUUCUCUCUUUCUAUUACUUUCACAUUCUCUCCUCUCCUCUUUCCAUCACUCUCCUUCCCUCUUUCCAUCUUGCUCUCCUUCUUACGUCUCUCUUUUCAGCUCUCCUCUUCUUCCCUCUUCCCAUCACUCUCUCGCUAUCACCUUUCAUCUCUCUGCGUCCAUCUUUCACUCCUUCCCCCUUUCAAUCACUUUCCCUCUUUCCAUCUUUCUCUCUCUAUUUUAAAGAAUGGUUCUCAGUCAUUCCAUUUAACUCUAUCAUUUCUCCGCUCUCAAAUAAAUUGACAUUUUUUUCUCACCUUUCUCUCCUUCUCCGUUUUCUACUUUCUCACUCGCUUUCUUUACCAACUUUCUCCCCGCAUAUCUCACCUGUCUCUCUCUUCUUUUGCCAUUUUCUUCCAUUGUUCUCCCCUCUCCGUCAACUUAAUAUUUUCUUCCUCUCUCUCAACUGUUCGGAAGGGAACACGCCCAGCCACCGUCUGAUCGCACAAAUAUUAUGUCAUUUUCUGAUUGUUGUUACAUCUAUCUAUCUAUCUAUCUAUCUAUCUAUCUAUCUAUCUAUCUAUCUCAUUCUGUUCAUAUAUGACACCCCUCGGCGCAUGAAGACGCGACACUCAAAAAACUACACGAAGACACAAUGCAUCCCCCCCUCCCGAACACAGUCCUAUAAACACACACAGUCACUUUGGUAA